CAUUUCCCCUCCUAUCCAAUCCGCUUCGUCACAACCAGUUUGCAAACUCUCCUCCAACGCGUCGAUGCCUCCCUCCCGUAUUAUAGACCAGAGUUGUGUCGGUGUGAAUUGUGGUUUGGUAUGAUCCGAUCCUCCCCUGCUCCUCCUCUCCAUGGUGGUAGUUUCUAUUCUAUGAGAAGGUCAAAUUACUCCGCAUGUCUGCAACUGUACAUACUUUCGGUCUAUGAAUUCGGACAGCAGCAAGCACGCUUGAAGAAGAAUUAAGUCCGAAUUCUGUUUCACACCGACUGAGAAUGUUUGUAAACUGAACCUGGGUCGUGCCACGAGCUCCCUUCUGAAAGUCUACAGUCUGAAGGCUCACCCUCUCAUCUCAACCCCUAGAACAACCCUCUGAACAGCAGCAACAGCAGCAUCAAGACGUCGCCAAGAUGUUCAGCACCAAAAGACUGAAGAAGAAAUCCCAGUCAGUGGAUAUUGCCACUCAAGGAUUCUCCCCUACCCUGGUGCCAGCCUCGCCGAUCAACAAGACUGCAGCACCUGUUACCAUGACAACCACGUUGGGGGUGCAGCAAAACAAUGCAACCAAUUCCCAGAGAAUCUGCAGUCCACGGUGCAGCGAGCUGAAACGCGGCUACACCAUAGAUACCGGCCAGAAGAAGACUCAGGAGAAGAAGGAUGGCAGCAGACGCAUGUCGUUCCAGAGACCCAAAGGAACCGUUGAGUAUGCUGUAAGUAAACAGGGUUUCAGACUGUUACUUCUCUGUCUGGGUGUUUUUAAUGCUUUUUACUGCUGCUGCUGCUACUGCUGUGCUUCUCUGUGUGUCUACUGGCUGUUGCCCUGCUGUUGUGAUGGUGUGUUAUGAAAAUGAGCCUGGCCAUGCUGGCUCACAUCGUUAGGUGUGUGUGUGUGUGUGUGUGUGUGUGUGUGUGUGUGUGUGUGUAGGGAGAGAACGAAGCGUUUAGUGUUUUGCUACAGUUGCACGUGUGCAUCGUUCGAUGUCUGUUUACAUAAAGGGUGACUUUUUUAUCGCCAGCCAGAGCUAUUGCCUUUCUACCGUAUGAUGGGAAUGUAUUCUAAUAGAUUAGACAUGUGUAUCAAUCCUGUUCCAUUUUGCAUUCUGAUGUAUAGGAGGAGAGAGGAUUGUAGCUGUGUACGUAUG